AUGGAAGACUCAGCACUAAGCAACUGCGUGAGGCGAACAAUAUUCUCUAAUAUCCAACAGAGAACAAUACAAGAGGCCGGUAUAGAAGAGAGUAGUUGGACAAUGUACUUUGAAACCCAAGAUGGAUUAGGCCAUAACGAUGAUUCGUCUAUGAUGUCGGAUGCUGCCUCUCCUAUGGGAUCUGUCGAAGAAGACACGGCUUCAUCUCCUUCUAACAGAACCAAGGGUUACAGUGAAAUGGAAGACAAUACGAUAAAAGUAAACACCGUGAUGAACAAUACCAAAACUGAGGAGAAAGAAAUGAUGAGUACUAAAAAGGGGAUAAUAUAUGAAGACUAUUGCGCAGAAUUGAAGAAGAGAGGACUCUGUAUAGUCCCAUUGUCGAUGUUGUCUAACUAUAUUGGUUGAAACUUUAA